GGGGCGGGGCUGGGGCCAUGGCGGACCUGAGCGGCGGGCUGGAGCCGGUGGCUGUGGGGCUAUGGCCGCUCGGGGAGGCUCCGCCGGCCUUUCAGUAUAGCCCAGACAACGUCGCUGGAGCAGAUGGAGACAUUGACCCCACUGAAAUCAGUUUUCCAGGGUGUUCUUGUCUUACCAGCUCCUGCAUGGUUCAUACAUGCUCGUGUCUUCGCCUUGGUGAAAAUUACAACAGUUUGUGCCUGAGGCCUACAGGCGAAGAGGAGGAGUACACCAGGCCUGUUUUUGAAUGCAAUGCCAUGUGCCAGUGCAGUGAAUCCUGUCAAAACAGGGUUGUUCAGAGGGGCUUGCAGCUCAGACUUGAGGUAUUCAAGACUGAAAAGAAAGGGUGGGGUCUUCGUACUCUGGAAUUCAUAGCUAAAGGAAGAUUUGUUUGUGAAUAUGCUGGUGAAGUUUUAGGCUUUAAUGAGGCACGUAGAAGAAUUCAGGCCCAGACAUCAAAGGAUUCGAACUAUAUUAUAGUGGUGAGGGAGCACCUCCAUAAUGGUCAGAUAAUGGAGACAUUUGUUGACCCUAAAUGCAUUGGUAACAUAGGCAGAUUCCUGAAUCAUUCUUGUGAACCAAAUUUAUUUAUGGUGCCAGUUCGAGUUGACUCAAUGGUGCCUAAACUGGCACUUUUCGCAGCCACUGAUAUUUCUGCUGGAGAGGAACUUUCAUAUGAUUAUUCUGGAAGAUUCCAUAAUUUACCAAUAACUAACAGAGAACAAAAAUAUUUAGAGGAAGAAAACAGAUUGAGAAAACCUUGUUACUGUGGUUCCCCCACAUGUGCUUCCUUCUUACCUUGGGACAGCUCCCUCUUUUCUGCACCAGACACUUGCUCAGGGAGCUCUCCUUAGCUUUUCAGUCCCAAAGUAUACCUAAAAAUGUAAUUUUCCCUAGCAGUUAAAUUGCAGUUGAAUAAAACUCUGUGUAUUCCAGCAAGGAAGCAUGUGUGGUUUUGAGUAACAGCUGGAAGACAAGAUUUUGAGAAUAACUUCAUGCAGCAUCCUAGAGACUGUUUUCAAGGUGGAUGGUAUGAAGGAGCACUGGAGCUUCUGGAUGUUCCAAAGUCAGUUACUAAGCCAGGCCUGGUGGUUUUUUCUUGUUUUCUUCUGACAGCUUGCUGUAAGUUAAAGUACCUCUCUCAAUUUUUACCUUUCAGAAAAAAUGAACUUUAACAUUGGUACACAGAAAGGACGAUGAGAAAUGUUACUGAAAAUUACACAAGAGAAUGAGACAAAGGAAUGUUGACAUUUGCAAGAAGGGCAUUAGGUUUCUUAAAUACCAUUAAAAUAAAUGAUUUUUUUUAAAUUACUUGCUAAAAAUUUUUUUGUUCCAUGAAACAUAAAUAGCUUAUUAUUAUUGAUGUAAAAACUUGUCCAGAAAGAUUAGCUUGAAUGCUUCACCCCUCACCUUUUCCAUUUCCAGUCACAUCUAGCUGCAUGCCAAAAUCUGGUUUUAAGUGACUAGUUCAGUUUCAUGACCAUUUAGCUGCUGUGUAAACAGCGCAGUACUGCCAGCUCUGAGAAGUACAAUCAUCCCAUCUUUUUAAAUCACAUCUAUCUCAAGGUUCAUCUAAUAAGAUUUCUGCAGUAAUAGCAAGCAGCACAUCCAUGUUACUUUCCAGCACUAUUAUUACGCUACUUAGGAAGUAAAUUCCGACACUGCAGUCUAAAGCAGUAUGAUGCUGCUGUUCUGACUUCUGAAAUAGAUUAAAGUAGGAAAUACAAAAGUACAUCUGAACAACAAAAAAUUUGUUUUUUUACAUUGUUGAAUGGCUGACAAAUACUUGAGCAUUCCUUUCAGCUACUAACUGAUUUGUUUUCACUGUUCCUGCAGAGUCAGACAGCAUUAAGCAAGGCCUGUCCUCUCCCAGU